UAUUUAAGGAGUGUCCAUAAGGAGAGCUUUACUUCCUUGAGGAUUAAAGCCCAACAGUACUGAGCUAUUUGUCUGUCAAAAUGUCUGCAAAAUUGGGAAAGUCAUCAUCACUCCUAACACAAAUUUCAGAGGAGUGUAAUGGGAUUCUGACAGUGAAGAUGGAAGAGGAAGAACAGACCUGUGAUCUGGACUCUAACCUCCACUGGAGCAGCAGCUACAGCCCAGAGACCUUCCACCAGCAGUUCAGGCAGUUUGGCUACCAGGAUUCACCUUGGCCCCGGGAGACUCUGAGCCGACUCCGGGAACUUUGUCAUCUCUGGCUGAGGCCGGAGGUGCACACCAAGGAGCAGAUCCUGGAGCUGCUGGUGCUGGAGCAGUUGGCCAUCCUCCCAAAAGAGCUACAGGCCUGGGUGCAGAAGCAUCAUCCAGAGAAUGGAGAGGAAGCUGUGACUAUGCCGGAGGAUGUGGAGAGAGAGCUUGAUGGACCAGAGCAGGUCUUUUUUGGACAAAGGAAGGACAUGAUUGCAGAGAAGCUAGCACCUUCAGAAAUCACUGAGGAAUUGCCAAGUAGCCAGCUCAUGCCCGUGAAGAAGUAGCUCCAGGGAACAUCAUGGGAGCUUCAGUCCUUAAGACCGCAUGAUGAAGGGGCAGGAUUCAAUGAAGACAUCAAAACUACAAAUGUGAAAUCCGCAGCAAGGCAGAAGACUUCUUUAGGCAUAGAACUGCACUGCGAUGUCUCUAACAUCCUUUAUAUCAAUGCCUCCCAGAGUUCCACAUAUAGAGCAACCCAUGAACAAGACGGUAGGCUUGAAAGGAGACAAGGAAACCCUUCUUGGAAAAAACAACACAAAUGUGAUGAAUGUGGCAAAAUCUUUAGUCAGAGCUCAGCCCUUUUUUUACAUCAGAGAAUCCAUAGUGGAGAGAAACCUUAUGCAUGUGACAAGUGUGCAAAGGCAUUCAGCCGAAGCACGAUUCUGAUUCAGCAUCGAUGAACCCAUACUGGUGAGAAGCCCUACAAGUGUCAUAACUGUGGCAAAGCCUUUCGUCAGGACUCGAAUCUUUUUAGACAUAGGAAAAGACACAUUAGAAAAGAAGUCCCAUAA